AUGACGAUUGGUGUAGGGGAUCUGUUGGACCUGGCCAUCAGCCCUGAAAUUGGACCAGUAAACUUUUUUCACUUAAGAAAUUUGCUUCACACUUUAGUGGAACAUUUCGACAUCGCAGACGUAGAGGCACAACAGGCUGAAGUCAUAGCUCCUGGUGGAUUAGCGAGUUCUGAUGGAUCAUCCAGCGAGGAAAGCAGUGAAGAAGAAGACGACGAUAGCGAUGAAGAAAGUGAAUCUGAAGGGGAGCCAGAAAUUCAGAUUAUUGAAGAAGAAGUUGAGAAAGUAGUUAUUGAUGAAGACAGCAAUGAGAAAACUGUGACGGUGACAAUACAGAAGGAAGUAAUCAAAGAACCUGCCGAGAAAAAGAAAAAGAAAGAAGAAAAAGAAAAAGGAGAGAAGGGAAAAGAUAAAGAUAAAUCAGAGAAAAAAGACAAAAAGAGCAAAGAUAAAUCGAAAUCCAAGUCAGAAAAAGAUGGCGAUGAAAAAGAAAGUAAGAAAAGCAGUAAAAAAGACAAAGAAAAGACGUCUGGUAGUUCGUUGUACGGAAAAGAUCUCUAUGGGAAAGAUUCGAAGGAGAAAAAGAAGCUCACUGCAGAUACCAUAGGAGACAUGCCUGAGGUUAUUAACCUAACACGCAGACUCGACGCUGUAGAGAAUGGUUUGAAGGGUCUACGAAAUAUAGUUGAUUCAAUGGUGAAUCAGGUUGACUUUGGUGAUGGAGUUGGAGAGAUCUUAAAGGCUCAGUUAGAUCAAGCGCAACAGCAGAUCACGACGGUAGAGCUCGUUCCUAAAGAUGAACCUAAAGAAAGCAAGAAGAAGAAGAAAGGAAAAAAAGGUGCCGAAGAAGUACCUCAGACUGGUAUCAUUACCGAGGGAGGAGCUGUAGUCGGAGGGGAAGCAGCAGGGCAAGCUGUGGUAGGACCCGGUGGUGUUGUGACAUCAGCCCCAGGAGCUCCAGUUGCUGGUGCAGCUGUCCUUCCAGCUGUCAUACCUCCACCAAGUCAGCGAGCUGCUGCUGCUACUGAUGGAGGGAAGGGGAGAACUCCUUCUCGUAAGGAAGGGCGAAAAGCAGGAGUACCGCUGAAGGGAGCUGCAGGUAGCAGACCUGAGAGCCAGGAUGGCGACCAACCAGCCCCACUAAAGAAACGUACCACACUACAAGACCUUCAGCUCAGGAAGAAAGCUCGAGAGGAGGGAGUGAGUGUUGAAGAGAUCAAAGCGAGAGAAGCUGAAAUGGAAAAUGACACAAAUGAGAAUAAGAAGGAUGAGAAGGACAAGAAGGACAAGAAUGACAAAAAGGACGAUGACGCUGAUGAUACAAGCUCCUCGGAAUCACUUGACUCUGCUGAAGAACAAGCGGCAAUGGACGAAAUGAUUAUGGAAGAAAUCGAAGCAGCUUUAGAAAACGCUGCUGAUGACCCUGAGGCUCAAGCAUAUGCUCUGAGACUCAGCCUUGAACAGAUGAACAACAUGAAGAACAAUAUUGCUAAGUCUCAUGAUGAAUUCCGUAAAGACAUGGAGAAGAACAAACACGCCAUUAAUCAGAUUGCAAGAGAGCUGUCUUUGUUUAGAGCUGCAAGAAAGGCACAGGAUGCCGAAGGCUUCAACGCAGUCCACCAUGUACAUAGCAUGGUCCUAGAACUACAAUCAAAACACGAGAAGCUAACAUCAACCACAGCAGAGUUAGUCAACGAGUACAACAGAAGAGAAAAGACAUUUGAAGAACUCGUUGAUAACGUGGAGAGACUCCAGCAGAACAAUGCAGACAAACAAGACGUCAACCAAGAGAUUAAUGUCAAAGCUGUCAAAAUGGAGUUGGAGAGUAAAGUAAGCAUGAACCAGUUUGACGAAGGGUUCAAUUUACUUGAUCGUGGUUUGAGUGACGCACGGGAAAAGAUGGAAAGCCAGAUGUCUGUAGAAGACGCAUUAAAGCAUACCUUAUCAGAACUGCAGUCCAAACUGUCUCUAAAACUCGAUCGCAAUGAACUCGAUAAUCUGAAAUCUCAGCUGGAAUCGCGCAUCAAGGAGAUUCAGAUCACUAAAACUGUAGUGAAAGAAAAACCUGAGGAUGGCGAACCUGCAGGCUUUAGAAGGAAUAUAACAGAAAAAGUCCAUUGUAUAUCAUGUGAUAGACCACUAGAGGUCAAUAAAGGACCGGUCAAUUCCAACAUGCCCAAAAUGCAGGGACUGCCGAGCCACAAGUCUUCAAAACCGUACACUACCUAUGAACUAGAACAUAUUCGACAACACUCCAAAAUGAACACAAGCCUAAGAAAAGCGGUGAUUAAUGCAGAAUUGCCGUAUUCGGCCCAGAGGUUAAAGAAUGAAGUAGUUGCUAUGACCGGGAUGGUGGAUUUGAUCGACUUGCCUCCAUCACAGCGGUACUGUGGAGGAAGUCAUACUAUAAUGCAUCCAUUCCGCAGAUCCGUCAAGUCCACUUCAACUCAUUUUAACCAAUACGUCAUGAUUCGUGAUGACGCAGAAACCAACGUUGCCCUCCCCCGUAGGGAUUUCAUUGUCCCAAAGGAUUCUCAGCUGAAAAAAUACAUAAAGCCUAAACUACCUGCUAUUGGUCAAACCAACACACGUGAUGCCUCGCCCCCUCUGGACUACGAUGAUGGGUACCAGGACCGACCCUCCAGCGCUCCGGCCACGCCCGGGCUGUACAGUAACACGACAAAACGGGACCGCAGCUUGACGUCACCACCCAGGGAUAAUACAUUGCCAGUUUCCCCACCCCCUGGGGAGAGCGGGAAUAAUUCGCCGAUAGAGGUUGAUAGGAUAUCGGUAACUUUACCGGCUCCUGUUGAGGAGACCUGAUUUUCCGUUUAAAUGUUCAUUUCAGAUCACGGUGCUUUGCCCCUCAGGGGUAGCCGAAGGGUUGUAUGUUACAGAUAAUUUCAGAAACGAAAAAAAACAGAAACGUCCGCCAUUUCGGAUGAUAAUUUUUGUUUUUCUCCUCCAACAUCGCAUCUAUGACAUACAUGCGAUCCAAAAAUACAUUGUGUAUUUAACUGCAAAAUUACUGCGUUAAAUUCAAAAGAUAAUAAUGUCAGGUAAUGAGAGGGCACUAAAUGCGCUCUGGUUAUCCAAGAGGCACAACAUCCACUUAGGUCGAACGAAAACAGACAGUUGAGGUCAGACUUCCUUCCUAUUUUCCUUUAGCUUUACUUACAGUUCACAAACUGUUGACUUAUUCCUUCUCCGUGUGAGGAAACAACUCAUUUAUUAACAUAAUUCUUGGCUGAAAUAAACUUCCCGUGCAUUAUACAAUUCAAAAAUGACCGAAUUAGAAACUAUGUAAAUAUAAAAGCAUACAUUCGUUCAUUCGUUCAUUUUCAUGUUGUGCAUAUUUUGCCACAAAAAGCCUCUGAAAAUCUCGAAGAUUUUGGCAUGAUAUUUUAUUGAAAUAUUUAAACGAUAGACAUAUAUAGUCUAUCUAGUGAGUUCAAUAUUCGUAUGACCAAUGAAUAUUAUGAAUAUUUAUCAGACGUGUGUAGUAUUCCCUUAGCAAACCAUGACAGCUAGAAGGUUCUGGCGGCAUUGUUCUUGUAUAUAGUUCUUAAAACGUUGUGAGAUAGGAAAGGAUAGACGUGAUAAAACAUUUGUAUGGUUUGACUAAUUGUAUUGAUAGAAAUACCCAUUAGCAAUUUGUGAAUGGAAAUAAAAGUUGACUGUGGGGAAA